AUGCCACCGCAAAUGCACGAAGACGAAGGCAAUUUUGCCCCCUUAGCCCCUCAGUCACAGGAGUCCGUUCAGUUGUCUGCAGGGAAGCAGAGAGCUUGCGCGGAUGUGGAGUCAUUGAUCGAUACUUGCUGGUCUUUUACCGAUCCGGAACCACUCGAGGCUUUGAUAGAGCAGAGCUCCCGUCCGGACACAAAACACGAUUCAAAGGCAAGAUCCCUCCUCUCUUGUGGUGCGCCCAUCCUCCAGCUACUUCUCAGCCUAUGCACUAUUGUCAGAGUCCAGGAUAAAUUAAUUGAAUUCGGCCACAUAAUACAUAGACUUGAUGAUCUCAUUCUCAUUGCAAGAGAGAAAUGUUAUGCAUUUCCAUACAAAGAUGUUCCAUUUUGCUGGGUUGAGCUAUUUCGAUUUGCGAGCUUUCUCAAGGCCUCUGUUUUAGCGAUGGAAAGCACUUGGGGGGAGACAAAACACUUUCUGCCUCGGAACAACAAAUCUGAAGGCUUCCAGGUCGGAUUUCCGGGGCUUUCAGAAAAAACCAUAGAUGGAAUGGUCGAGGCGAUCGAUACUGCUCUCAUCAUGACCGGUCACCCUUCAGAUGACAAGGCACGAGUCAAGAUCAAUCAUAUACUCGAGAUUCUUCAAAGUAUUCAUCAGAGAAAGUUCAACAACAACGCAGACAUUCCAUCGCCUUCAAAGCGCCCGAGACUCGAUAGCGAUCCUUUUCCUCGGGCAUCUUUGACGCCAAAUGUCCAGAGGCCAGUCUCGAUUUUCUCUGAUCCUUCGAUACCGGCUCUCGAAAGGCAUAUGCAGCAUCCCAACAAUGAAGGUCUCGGACCUGAACCCCUCUUGAUUAAAGGUUCGCUGACAGGAUGGCCGGCUCUCACCAAAUGGAAGGAUAUCUCGUACUUGAGGUCAAAUACCAUUGGGGGUCGACGAUUAGUACCAGUGGAAAUUGGCAAGAGUUAUGUCGACUCAGCAUGGGGCCAAAGCAUUAUUACAUUCAACAAAUUCCUCGACGACUACGUUCUCGACUCACCAGGAAAACCUGGUAACGGCAUGGCAUACCUUGCACAAUAUGACCUAUUCGAGCAUAUCCCAGCCCUAAGAAACGACAUCAUGAUUCCGGAUCUCUGCUACGCAACUUGUUCACCACCUCAUCACUCUUCGCCUUUCCUCACCAAACAUUCUGCACUUCCACGAUUGGAGGAUCCCAUUUUGAAUGCCUGGUUUGGGCCAGCAGGGACCGUUAGUCCAACGCAUACCGAUCCAUAUCACAACAUUCUCGCACAAGUCGUUGGGAGAAAAUAUGUCAGACUCUAUGCUCCACGAGAACAUAAGAAGUUGUAUCCCAAAGGCAUCGAGGAAGGCGGUGUCGAUAUGAGUAACACGAGUAAUGUCGAUAUUGGACUUAUCUCUGGCAUGGACGGCAAUGUUGACGAUCAGAAAGCGGCCGUCGACGAGUUUCCGCUGUUUAAGGAAGCAGAAUAUGUCGAUGUUAUACUAGAGGCUGGAGACUGUCUGUAUAUCCCACUAGGUUGGUGGCAUUAUGUCAGAAGCCUCAGUGUAAGUUUUAGUGUUAGCUUCUGGUUUAACGACACAAACGAUUCGGAUUGA